AUGGAGAAAGUAAAGCUCCACACUCCCGACAUGGUGAUGCUGCUAGAAACUAAAACUAGGAGUAGUCGCUAUGUUUUUCUAAAGAAGGUACUGGGAAUGCCAUUUAUGCAUGCGAUGGAGAUUUUAUUUUAUUUUAUUGAGGUUGGGAUUAAGGAUGUUGAGAAGGGGUGUGUUUGGAGAUUUUUUGGUGUAUAUGCUAGUACAGAUGACCGAAUCAGGAGGAACCAAUGGCAGGCUUUACGAACUCGAAUUCUUACAUGUCAGGAGGCUGUUAUGGUAAUGGAGGAUUUUAAUGAUUUUUUAGAUAGAGCCGAGAAGCAAGGAGGAAACUCUCGGUCUGAAAGGAACGACAAGAGGAAGGAAUACAAGAACGGCUGGACAGGGGGUUUGCCGAUGAUAAUUGGCUACGAUUUUAGCCCACCGCAAAAAAUUUCCAUUGGGUGGUUGAAGGGUCUUAUCAUGUUAUGUUUUGUCUCGAUACACAUGAGACCAAGAGGAGGAAGAAAGGGCAUUUUGCAUAUGAUCCGCGAUGGGGGAGGCAUGAGGAGAGGUUUGCUGGAUUGGAAGCGACGAGAGUGGAAAAAUUCGCAGUUGUGCAUUGAUGAGUUAAGGCUUGAGCUUCGAGCGGAAUAUCAAAAUGAUAUUUUCGAUUAUGGGAAAGUCAAGGAAUUGGAGUUUAAGUUGCAGAAGGCAUUAGUGGGAAAAGUCAAGGAAUUGGAGUUUAAGUUUAAGAUUUCUCAUAUAUUUCGUGAGGGUAAUCAUAGAGUUGACGCUUUGGCAAAUCACGGUGUUCAGGGCUCUGGUUUCACAUGGUAG